ACCCAAGCGGAGUGAUUUAGUGAGGACUACACCCAAGCGCCUUUCCAAAUGCAGCGGCUUUUCUUCGUUGCUUAGACCAGAAGAAAGCGGAGACGUGACGGAGUCGGGGGGGUUCUGCUAGCUGGAGGCUCGUUAAACCACUGAUAAUUACAGCUUCAUCACUGCUUCUUCGUCGCUCAAGAGACGCCUGUGACCCUCCGUAUUUGUCCAUCUUUGAACUAAUCUCACAAACAUGUCCUGGCAAACGUACGUGGACAGCCUGAUGGCUGAUGGCAACUGCCAGGACGCGGCCAUUGUUGGGUACACGGACGCCAAAUACGUCUGGGCAUCGUUUGUCGGAGGCACUUUUGCCAACAUGACGCCUGAAGAAAUUGACGUGUUGACAGGAAAAGACCGCAUGGGAUUCUUCACCUGUGGGAUAACCUUAGGCAAUAAAAAGUGCUCCGUAAUCAGAGACAGCCUCCAUACUGAGAACGACUGGACAAUGGACAUCCGGACAAAGAGUUCAGGAGGAGAGCCCACAUACAACAUUUCUCUAGGCAAAGCCACCAAAGUCAUGGUCUUGGUAAUGGGCAAAGAAGGGGUCCAUGGAGGCGGAUUGAAUAAGAAGGCAUACUCGAUGGCAAAAUACUUGAGGGAUUCAGGGUUUUAGUUUAGUUUUGACGUAGCUUAUGUGGUGUAGUUGACGGAGAAAGAAACAAAAAGAAAAAUAACAUAAAAACAAACAAAACUUUAAAAACCACAAAAAACUAAACUAAUUACUGUCGAGUCAUGUUUCCACCCAAACAGAGCAUUUCUAACAAAGCGCAAGGUUCAGACUCUGUUCUCAAUUAUGUAGCCCCACAUAUAGCAGGGUGGCAAAAAAAAAAGUAUAUUCUUUUCCAGUCCUGCUAUCACAUGUCUGUUCAUUUAUUUUGUUUUUUCCUUUUGUGUACUCCAGCAAUGGUUUUUGUCAUGGGGAAGGAAGGUAUCCAUGGAGGGCAGCUCAACAAGAAAGCAUAUCAUAUGGCUGAGUACCUGAGGAGGUCCGGAUACUAAAGCAGCCUGUACCAGCCACCUAACAGCUCGCCCUUACCACCCUGUUGCAUUUCACACUACUUCAGUCCCAGUUGGUAGUUUCUCUUUUCUUUAUUUUUCUGCCUUCUCGCCUCCCCAUUUGUUAUCCCAUAUUUUGUUACCCUCUUCCUGUACUCUUAAGCACUACAAGUUGAUCCAUAGCAAAUAAGCAUGUUGCUAAGAGGAUGUAUGACAAUAUUUUCCAGCUAAAAAAAAUCUGGCAAAACAGUCAAAAGCUUUACUGUCAAUUUGAGGUAGGAAUUUCUUUCUUUUCUGUCACUGUGCCCAUUACUUAAUCUCUCCCAAACCCGAUCAUACACACUCCUCCCCUAGAAGCCGAUGACUUAAGCACUUGAGCGGUAACCAAGCUCGUCAUGUCUUCCUGUUUUAAUUUCCUUCAUGUGUGGAAGAGGAGACUGCGUAUGUCGGUCUACUGCUGUUUCCCCUUUCACCACCACUGCCCCCCCCCCCCCCCAAACUCCCUGCCAAAAAUGUUUAGUUCUGCCCCUUUUCCUGUUUCCUCAUCCUGUUUGCUCAAAGCAGGCAACACUACAAACCUGGCAGAAGACUCAUCUUCAUCAAACACUUCACAUCAACCAACCAGUCCCUCCUUUCAGAUCCACUGCUCUGUCCUGAAUAUGUCUGGGAGGGGGGGUGGCUCAGUUGACUUAUCAUGAGCCAGAUUUGCGAGCGUUGGUGUCUAAAUGCUGGUUGCCUCUCCUCCCCAACUACACGGGAACCCCAUGGACAUUCCACAGCAACCAUGGCUCAGGCACUUGAUACAGUUUUGUUUGCCAGCUCCUGUAAUAUAUAUUUUCUUUUUUUUGAAAGGCUGCCAUUUUUGGAUCGUAUAUUUCCCAGCAUAUACCAUCUGGAGCGUGUCCAGUUAGAAUGUUUUUUUUCUUUCUUUUUUUUUAUAGGACCAAGUGUAGUCGAAGCUCGGGUGUUUAUACGAUUGCUCUAAAUCAUGUGAAGGAUGACUGCUAACCUUUUCCUGAUGAAGGAAACACGAGAUAGUAACACUUAUCAUGGUUAAAAAUAUGAAGCUACAGGGGAGGUAAGGGUGGGAGUAUAUGAAGAAAAUUCUUGUUUUGUUUGUCUUGUUUAGAAAACAAACUGCAUUUGUACAAACCCCAUGCUUUGUUGACAACUACAAAACUGUGGAAUAAAUGGCCUUUUACUCGUCAGCUGAGCUCUGGGGUAUCACACGGUCUGUCAGCGGUCAGUACGGCUAACUAACGUCCAACUGACAAAAUACCUUUCAAAAGUAGAAAUGACACUCAAUGGGAGAUGGGAUUGGUUGGAACAAAGACGCUUCUGGUUGUCUUGAAACUUAACUGCAGAACCUGUGUAUCCUGUGCCAUAAUCGAGAUCUGUUGCUAUUGUAAGAUGGAUUUUACCCACUGUCCACCAAUUCAUUUCAUUGGCACUUUUUUCUUUUUCUUUUAGCUUCAGCUCCACUGUUUAGGCCUUGUGGGAUAUGUACUCAUAACAAAAAGUCCUGUUUGCUAAUUUGUUCAUUUCCUUUUUCUUCACCACUUUUUUUUCUUCUUUAAUGCAUCUGAUUUCAUAUGCAUAAAACCAAGAAAUGCCAUAAUUGAUUUAUCACCUUGUUUACAGACAGAUCAAAUAAAUUUAUUCCAACCAGA